AGGGUCAGGCGACAGUUCGGUUUCAUUCAGGACAUACCUAAUCCAGAGCAGAAUUUGGCUAAGGCGCAUGGAGAGGUUCUGACUGGUCCUAAGAAUCUUAACUGGGCCACGGCACCGAGUCAUUCAAAAUGGGUGAUGCAUUGGACAAACAGGUAUCACUACAUUCUUGAUGAGCUUCCCAUGCCUUCACAGCAUCCUUUGGAUAGUUACAUGAACUGGUACCGUACAAAAUAUAGAAACCGCUUAUCCUUGUCGAAUGUUGUGGGUGAGGAGAAUGAUGAAGGUAACCAGGACAUGGAUGCGGGUAAUGAUGAUAUGGAAGGGGGUAAUCAGGAUUCAGAUGAGGGUAGUCAGGAUAUGGAUGAGGACAAUGAAGAUCAGGAGCCACAAAUAUCACUUCCAAAUCCGCCUCAACAAGAACAACCUCAGCCCUCAACCCAGUAUCUACCUCAGACACAGUUCACCCCAUCAUUUCCAACGCAGCAACAAUAUUGGGGUAUGUCACAGUUUGAUCCAGGUGAAGGAGGUUCUUUUAGUCAGUUGCUUGGGUUCAUGGCUGCAGAUGCAGCACAGUCACAGUAUGGCCAUCAACCUGAUUUCAUGCCAGGCAGGUAUUCAUUGGAUGCCAGGUAUCCAGGCCAUACCUCAUCCGUUGCUUCUGGAGAGUUCGUAUAUGUUGACUCUAGUAGGAGUGAUGGUGGACGGGGUGUCCUUAAUAGUCAAAAUCCUAGCCGUGUUAACAUGGGACUUAUUGAGGAAGACACUAACACACUCGAACGAGAAACCGAUGAGGAGGAAGAUAUUGAAGAGUUUGAUGAGGAUGAAGAAUCUCGUAACGAUGGUCAGGCACUCAGUCCGAAUGACAACAUCAAAGGUUACAAUCUACAGAUUGAUCCCCCACGUCGGAGCGCUAAUCGUUUCACUCCUUCUGUAUUUAAAAAAGCGGCCAAGAAAUGCAAGAACUUUGUGAAGGAUGUAAAGUGGGGAAUGAGAAAGUAGUUGUUUAUUUUAUUUUUUUUUUUUGGUAUUUUGUAUAUGUUGGAAAGUAUGUACUAAUGACUUAAUGUAGUUUUUAGUGGACUUUGUAAUGUUUAGAGUAAUUUCUUUGUGUUGGACAUUAUGUAAUAAUAAAUAGCACUAAUGGUCAUAUUAUAUUGUAUUUUUAUUGUGAAUAUGUUGUAGUGAUAUUAUUAAUGUUUUAAUCAUCUGGAGUAUGUAACAAUGUU